GCUGGCUAUAGAGAUGAGUCUCAAUAAAGAGAGAUCAUUCAGAAGUUUCCGUGUUCUCUGAGUUUUCCCUGGUAUCCACGAUACAACAUAUGGCGACGAGGAUGAAAGUCACUGUGGAGCGGCUGUUUCCUGAGGGUAAAUAAAAAGCAGGACGUGAGUGAGCUGAUGAAAGUUAAUAGCUACCACCUGAAAGACUGAUUGAGUAGAACGAUGGUUAACAUGCUGGGAUCCGUGACGCCAUUUGAUAAUAAAUCACAAUCAUGGGAGGAGUAUUGUGAAAUAUUGAACCAUUUUUUCGUGGCAAAUGAUGUUGAAGAACCAGAGAAAAAAAGAGCCAUUUUGUUGAGCUGUGUGGGAGCUCAGACGUAUACUUUAAUGAGGAAUUUAUUGAGUCCUGAGAGACCAGGAUCAAAAAGUUAUGAGAAUCUGGUGAGUUUGCUGAAAAAUCACUUUAAUCCAAAGCCCAGUGAAAUAGUUCAAAGGUGGAAGUUUAAUUCACGUAACAGACACUUUGAUGAAAGCAUAGUCGAAUAUGUGGCCGAACUGAGGAAAUUAGCUCAAGAUUGCAAUUUUGGAGAUACACUUACAGUUAUGCUGAGAGACAGAUUAGUAUGUGGUGUUAAUGAUGACAGCAUACAACGGAGAUUAUUGGCUGAGGAGGAACUGACAUUUGAGACAGCGUUAAGGAAAGCUCAGGCGAUUGAAGCUGCUAAUAAGGAUAUGGUUGAUUUGCAUAAAGAUAAAGGAAAUCGAUUGGGUACCACUGUUUUCAAGAUGGACACAGGAGAAAAAAACAAGUCGAGUGUUACAGGAUUGUGCUAUCGAUGUGGUGGAAGUAACCAUGGGCCCAAAGACUGUAGAUUUGCCAACGAAAAGUGUUAUAAUUGUGGUAAAAUGGGACAUGUGAAAAGAGUAUAUAGAAUGAAAGCACAAGAAACGGGUGUGGAUAAAGACAGGAAGUUUUGGAAAUGGGGGAGAGGAAAUCAAUCAAACAAGGCAAAUUAUCUUCAAGAAGAAGAGGAAGAUCGGGCUGAAGAUGUUUUCACCAUGUAUAGUCUAGAGGCACCACAGCCCCAUGUACCCCCCAUUACACAGAUAUUGCUUGUAAAUGAAUACCCUGUGAAGUUUGAGAUUGACACUGGAUGUAGUGUGACUGUCGUAUCACAGAGGGAGUAUGGAAAAAUGGAAGCUAAGAAGAACUUGUCUGAACUCAAAAAAAGCACUCUCAGUUUAAAAACCUACACCGGACAGUCAGUGCCCAUUUUAGGUACCACUAAAGUUAAAGUCAAACACAAAGGCCUUACCAAAGAACUCACAGCAGUGGUUGUGGCAGGAUCUGGGCCUAAUUUGUUGGGACGAUUUAACUCGGCUGGGAAAAAGUGAGUAAACUUAAAGACAGCUCAGAGUUGUUACAAGAUAUCCUAAGGGAACAUGAAACAGUUUUCAAAGAGGAACUUGGAACACUAAAG